AUGAUUGUACGAAUAAAAUUGUUGAUAAUUCUGGUUGAAUUACAGGCUGCAAUGUCGUUCAUUAGGUCUUCUCCCUCCAAACAGAGGAAGUGUGACUGUGGGAUUCCUAUGGCUAGGCUGACUUCAUGGACAAGAGAGAACCCUGGAAGAAAGUUCAAAGCCUGCAAAUUCUAUGAUCCUAAAACAGAAAGUAGGGGUUGUAAGUGCUUUGAGUGGGUGGAUGAGGAAGAAGGCACUGAGUGGCAAAGGGAUGUCAUCAAUCAACUUCUACUGGAUAAAAAGUUGAUGAAGGGGGAGAUGAACUCACUGCAAAGAGAACUUGAAGACUUAAGUGGCCAAAGAAGGUGUUUGCUAACUGAAAAUGACAACCUGAUAGUGAAGUGCAAAGCUCUAAGUUCUGAGAUGAAGAAAUACAACAAGGAAGGGCAGAACAGUGGUGUUGGAGGAAUGCUUUGUGUGAUAGCAAGUGUAAUGUGUUGUGUAUUUGUGAUUGUUGGUGUGUUAAUUGUAAUGAAAUGA